AUGAGGCUCAUCAGUAUCAUUUUGGUUUUGUUUUCAUUUCGCAUACUCUCUUCUUCUACUAAUGUGUUUUUAGUUCAUGGAGCUCCAACUGAAAAGCAUUAUAUUGUGUUCAUGGGGCAGCAUUCAUAUCCAGAUUCAGAAUCUGUGAUAUCCAGUAACCAUGAAUUGCUUUCAUCGGUUGUUGGCAGUAUCAAUGAAGCCAAAAAGGUUGCAGUUCAUCAUUAUACAAAAAGUUUCAGAGGCUUCUCUGCAAUGCUUACACCAGAACAAGCCAACAAAUUAUCAAAAAGCAGUUCAGUUGUUUCAAUUUUCGAAAGUACCGUCCAUCGUCUUCAUACCACAAGGUCGUGGGAUUUUUUGGUUAAUGAUUAUGGUUCACAACAAACUAAACAACUCUUUGAAACAGACAGCAAACAACAUGAUGAUGUGAUUAUUGGCCAUUUUGAUAGCGGUGUUUGGCCAGAGUCCAAGAGCUUUAGUCCACAAGGACUAGGUCCUGUGCCAAAAAGAUUCAAAGGAGAAUGUGUUACAGGAGAACGAUUCACGAAAGACAACUGCAACGAGAAAAUAAUUGGAGCUCGUUACUACUAUCAAGGCUAUGUGGCAGACAAUGGUCCUCUGGAUGCUAAAGGACCAGUAAUUAUGUCACCAAGAGAUGAUUACGGGCAUGGCAGUCAUACAGCUUCAACAGCAGCCGGUGCAGAAGUAAACGUGUACACGCAAGGCUUCGGUAACCAAACAGCUCGCGGUGGUGCCCCUAAGGCCCGGUUAGCAGUCUACAAGAUCUGUUGGCACAAUGAAUGUGAUUGUGGUGAUAUCCUUAAGGCCUUCGAUGAUGCAAUCCACGACGGAGUUGAUAUCAUAACCAUAUCCGUUUGUCCCACAGAACCCCUAGCUUACUUUAAUGAUUGUUUUUCCGUGGGAGCCAUACAUGCUUUCAUGAGAGGAAUUCUUGUUUCUCUUGCUGGGGGUAAUGCAGGAAAUAAAGGAUACGGGACUGUUGCGAAUAUUGCUCCUUGGAUGCUCAUUUCUGCUGCAGGUACAAUUGAUAGGCAAUUCUACACCUCUGUUACCCUUGGGAAUGGACAACAAUUGAAGGGUUAUGGGUUCAAUGUACCACAAGCAAUGUUAAGAGGCUAUCAUCCAGUUAUAUAUGGAAGCUGGGCUACAGCUCCUGGAGUAGAUUUUAUGCAAGCAAGUCAUUGUAAGCCUAAUACACUCAAUUAUGAGCUUAUAAGAGGAAAGAUCGUGAUUUGUACAACGGAAAACUCGAAUGAGGAACCACUGGUCAAAUCAAGUGAGGUAGCACAAGGAGGAGGUGUUGGAGUAAUCGUUGUUGAAAUUGAUGCAGGUGGACAGUGGUUAUAUAAUUUUCCCAUCUCUACUUCUAUAAUUGGUUAUGACGAUGCACAGAUACUCGAUGCUUAUAUGGGUAGUUCAAGUAAUCCAGUUGUAAGUUUCUCAUAUUAUGGGGAGAUCAAUGUCAAACCAAAUCCAGUGGUGGCUCAUUUUUCUUCAAGAGGGCCUAAUAUGAUAACACCUGAUAUCAUCAAGCCUGACAUUACUGCACCCGGAGUCAACAUUUUAGCAGCGUUCCCUGCUUCUGGAAUAAGUCCUGAUGCCCUUGUAUAUGGGAUGGAUUCCGGUACAUCAAUGGCUUGCCCUCAUGUUUCUGGUGCAGCAGCAGUCAUAAAAGCUCAAAACAAGGAUUGGAGUCCUGCGGAAAUUAUGUCAGCUAUAAUGACAACAGCUUCAAUCCAAGAUAACACAGGAGGUCUAAUUCGAUCUGGCUCAGGAGGACCAACGCCUUUUGACUUUGGAUCAGGACUCCUAAAUCCUAACCAAGCUCUUGAUCCAGGCCUUGUGUAUGACUUCGACACUGAUGAUAUUGUUAAUUUUCUUUGCACUUAUGGUGCAAGCAAAGGGCAGUUACAGAAUCUUAUCGGGAAGCAGGUGGAAUGCAAUCCUCAAUUCGCUAUGUUCAAUCUCAAUUAUCCUUCCAUUGGUAUUGGACGUAUGAAUGGUCCAAUGUCAGUUUAUCGGACAGUCACAUACAAAGGCAAAGAAAAUGAUCCAAAAGUUUAUAAGGCUUACAUUGAAUAUCCUCCAGGAGUGGAACUCAGUGUGGCACCAGAUAUUCUUGAUUUCUCAAAUAAUUCAACAAAGGCAACCUAUCGGAUUGAUUUUAGGCCAUUCAAUGCCUGGGGAUAUGUCUAUGGGAGCAUUACUUGGACUGAUGGUGUCCACAAUGUAAGGAGUCCAAUUGUUAUAAAUGUUGCCUUUUAG